AUGAACACCAACACUAUGUCGCUGUUUGCUCUGAUCGUCUGCUGCCUGGUCACCAUGUCCUUCGCCGCCCCAUCCGGUUUGGUCCCUGCGCCCCUAGUCGCAGCACCGGUCGUGGCCGCCCCCGUCCAACCUGUGGUCACCGCCUACAGUUCGCAGUACGUGGCCAGGAACUACAACGGCAUCGCAGUCGCGCCAGCCGUCGUCCCGUCCGCGGCCGUCGUCGGAUAUCCAGCGCCCGCGCCCAUCUACGCACCCGCCGCAUACGCCUACCCGAGUCCACUGGUCCAAGACUACUUGUUCUAA